AGGCGCGGGCCGGGGGGAUGCGGGGCCCGGCUCCGCGGUUGCGGGGCCGGGGCUGGUUAUUGGCCCCAGGGCGGGCCGGGCUUGGCGGAGCCGAUCCCUCCCGCCCGCUGCCUCAGCCCUGUCACCCCCCGCGCUCGCUUGGAGAGGCUCCGGGGCCGCGGGAAGCCCCCCGUCCCUGCUGCGGCUGGGGAGGGAGCGGGCAGCGCGGGGCUUCAGCACCCCGGGGAGUCGAGGGGCGGCGGCUCCUGUAUCUCUCUUCCACUCCCGCGUCCGGUAGCUACGGGAACCCCCGUAGCUGGGGGUGGAGGAGCCCUUCUGUGUGCGGCGAAGCUGGCUCUGAGAGGCCGAGCCCCUGAGAGUGGCUGAGAGGGGUCUCCGCUCUGCCCCAGCCUGGGCAGGGUGACAUGUGCUGGCCGGCGACUCGUGCGUGGGCAAGUCUCUGAGCUGCUCGAUGUUAUGUCUGUGUUCCGGUGGGACGAUCAUCUGCCGAGGGGGGCUUGAGGAGGAGUGCUGUGGAAGGGCAAAAUAGCACUUACUCUUGGCCCAGAGCAGAGAACCCGCCUCCUUAGAAAGUUUGGUAAAAUUCCGCUUGGCUGUUUUGAGUGGGUGCUCGAGAGCCUAGGUCUUUAUCUGCAACUGCAGAGGCACGGUGGACUUAAGACAUCCCCUCUGAGGAUCAAGGAAUUGAGUUUAGAAGUAAUGCUGCAAGCAGAAGCAUUAAAAGAAAUCGAUGAUGUCUAUGAGAAAUAUAAGACAGAAAGUGAUCCCAUUCAGAAGAAACGGUUGCAACAGCAUCUUCAGCGAGCACUAAUCAACAGCCAAGAACUGGGAGAUGAGAAAAUUCAAAUAGUUACUCAGAUGCUUGAACUGGUAGAGAAUAGGGCCCGGCAAAUGGAGAUUCACUCUCAGUGUUUCCAAGAGUCAGAUAACGAAAAGCCUCUAGAAAAGGCAAAAGUGGAAUCUUGCCAACCAGAAAGAUCUUCACGUAGACCCCGUCGCCAGCGGACUAGCGAAAGUCGUGAUCUGUGCCAUAUAACAAAUGGGAUUGAAGACUGCGAUGACCAGCCACCUAAAGAAAAGAGAUCCAAAUCGGCCAAGAAAAAGAAACGCUCCAAGGCCAAACAAGAAAGAGACGUUUCACCUGUUGAAUUUGCAAUAGAUCCCAAUGAACCAACUUACUGCUUAUGUAACCAAGUGUCCUAUGGAGAGAUGAUAGGAUGUGACAAUGAACAGUGUCCCAUUGAGUGGUUUCAUUUUUCAUGUGUUGGACUCACCUAUAAACCAAAGGGGAAAUGGUAUUGUCCCAAGUGCAGAGGAGAUAAUGAGAAAACUAUGGACAAAUGUACUGACAAAUCAAAAAAGGAUAGAAGAUCGAGGAAUGUGGCAUUCUGAGGAGCCUUCCGAAGAGAGGGACCCAGAAGCUACUGGGUGCAUGAUAUGGGUUUGAUAUUCACAGUAUCCAUGAAGCCACUUCUCCAGUAGCCUGCUUCCUUGGUGACUUCUUGGUCCCUAAUGCUCUUCUGCAUUCCAAAUUUCCUUCUAAAUUAGGCAAAGCCAGCAGUUGCAGCCUUACGCUGCCACUUGUAAGAUGGCCACUUCUGUCUUUCCUAGCUGGUAAGUACCUGUUACGUUUCUCUUUUUAUUGGUGAGAAGAUGCCCCUUUCUUACCCACAAGCCCAAUGCACCGUUAUGUUGAUUGCAGAUUGCCACGUCUCUCACAAGCUAAAUAAUUAUAAAUUAAAUGGGGGUGAUGGUCCAGGUACUUCUCCACAGGCUUGUCUUAAUCUGUGGGUCUGUAUGUAUUCAGGAAAUUUUCAAAUACUAUUGCUAGCUAUAUAAAAUGUGCUAUGAUAUUGUGGGUAGCUUAGUGAAAACAUACUUAUUUUGGAUUCUGAAAGGGGAAAGUCCUACUAUUUGGAUAUUUCAGUUAAACCUUUAUUUUGAAAAGUUUAAUGUUAAGCAUAUAGUAUUAGGAAAGCACUUAGCUAUGUCAAUAUCCCUUCCAAUUGUCCCCAGAUUACUAAGGGUAAUGUGUACUGGUCUGAAAUGAACAGUUAACCCCAAAAUGCUACAUUAACCCAGUUUAAGCAAUUGUGCAUCUUUUUUUCGUGCUUUGGCUGAUGAUGCUUCAAAGGGAGUAUGGUUUGUGAAAUCGGAGUAUAUUUAGCACACUAUUCAACUGACAGAAAUUCUUGUGGCCAAAGAACUGGGGAAGUGAGCCCCACCUUGUGCAGUCAUGUAUUUUACCUCACCUAUGGAAUAGCCAAUAUAGGAAGCCUUAUUCGUUCUUAGUGGCAGGGACACCAAAUGGGUCAUGUGGUAGCUUAAAGUGUUGGUUGUCUAAUACCCUCCCUGUUUCCUAGUGUUUCUCUGGAAAAACCAAAGGAUAUAUCCAUUUGAUUAGUUUCAAAGGGUUCAAUCAUCAUGACUGCUGCAGAAUUGGGGUUUUUACUUCAUACCUUUCAAGCUAAUUUUAUCUAGUGGAUAUGAAAUAGGUCAGUAAACUUAAGGAUACUGAAGAUGGAAGUCCUUUCAGCUAACUGCUGCAGGAAAAAAGAUAUUUUGGGUCUCCCUGUACUUAGAUCUCUUCAGUCUUCAGAAAUACAGGGAUUUAUCAUGAUGUGUGGCAGUGUGCCAUAACCCAUACUAAAAACAAGGAGGAGUACUUGUGGCACCUUAUAGACUAACACAUUUAUUUGGACAUAAGCUUUUUUUGGUUAAAACCCACUCCAUCUGAUCUAUAAGGUGCCACAAGUACUCCUUGUUGUUUUUGCUGAUAGACUAACAUGGCUACCACUCUGAAACCUAUAAUCUAUAACUUUAAGUAUACUCUGUGAUUCUAAAAUUAACCUUUCUGUUUUAUUCUCUGGUUGUCACUGGAAACUUUCAGUGUCUUCAACUCCACUGUUACUGCAGGGUACUGUGUUCCCCAGCUCAGUAUCUGAGUUCAUUUGGGCUUGGAAAACAGCUCUUCUCCACAAAUGAACUAAGAGUAAUGAGGUAAAAUGAUUAAGGCUGUACUUAAGCUAUUCUUGUAACCAACUGGGAAUAUUGUGUAUGGGAACUCAUACUUCCAGUUGUUCUUCACAGUGCAUAUAAAUGUGCUGUACACUUUUGAGAAGUAUCAGUGUGAAUCUUGUGUUUGAACUUGAAUACCCUCUCAGUCAUAUUUAAACUACUGCAUAUACUUGUACAUACGCCAAAUUUUUUUGGGAAAAAAGUGAAGCAUCAAAGAGCAGGGGUCGGCUUAUCAACGGAUCUAUAGCAAAAUUUGAUGAUUUUAAGCUCUAGUGAAUUGAAUAUCUAAUACAGUGUCGUUUUGUUUACCUGGAGCAUUCGCAGGCACAGAGCUCCUCAGCUCCCAGUGGCCGCAGUUUGCCGUUGCAGCUCCCAUUGGCUGGGAACGGCGAAUCGCAGCCAUUGGGAGCUGAGGGGCUCCGUGCCUGCCAACUCUCCAGGUAAACAAAAUGUACAGGCCCACUAGCGGCUUACCCUGAUGGGCUGGAAGCCAAAGUUUGCUGACCCUGAAGUAUAAGGUUGGCUUAUGAAAGGGUCAUACCAUUUUUGCUGUUUUUUACCUAUCCAUCUUGAGGGGUCGGCUUAUAAACGAAUGGGCUAAUGAACAAGUAUAUACAAUAGUUCUUAUCAUAAAAUGUGAUCCUGUAAAUGUAAGAUGGAGGAAGAAAUUUAAGGCAGGUUACAUAAAAUAAGCAGGGAAUUAAGUGCAAAAUGUGGUGCUGGGCUGGGAAAAAUCCUCGUGAGCAGAGUCUUUGACUGCAGUGCAUGCCCAUCCAGAUUAUUGCACUAGAAUACCGGCACUCUGUCCUAACUCUUUCAGCAGAGCAGGGCAUUGCUUCCCUAAUGUGGAGGAUCUUACACAGGCACUCCAUCAAGAGGAGCAUUUUAACUUAAGACCUAUGGCUCUUUCUGAUGCUUAUUCUUUUCAUUAUUUUAAUUCUAUUGCCAAAGAAAAACAGCACCCAGUGCAAACUCUAGACACUGACAUUUUCUUUAAUGAAGACACACAAAAUAAAUAACUGCAUUUUAUUUUCAGAACACCGUACCUGGUCCAUGGCAAAGUGACUUAAAUUCUCGACCAUGCGCAUAGAAACCCACUAUACUCUCCUCCUUUGACCCCACCUCUCCAGUCUCCUCCUUUAUAAUGAGCUGGGGGGCGGGGAGGGAGGGGCGACUUUGCAUCACAGUUAAAUUCUGGCUAUUAAAACUACAAAAUGAUUGAAAACUUGUUAACAGUAACUUGUACUAGGAACUGUUUUCUCAUCUGUAAUAAAGGAGUGGGUGUCAGAUAAGUGAGUGGUUGAUAGGCAGUUCUAACAAUCUUUUUUUAAAUAAGCCUCUAAAGAUGCUUGGUGACAGCUGCUUCCUUGGAGAUGAGUCUAAGAAGCCUGAGGAGACCUUAAUAAAUUUUAAAACUUGCUUUGCUUUUGUACAGCAGAAGUGUAUCUAUCCUAAACUGCAGGCAGCCUGACAUUUAAAAUAUAAUCCAAACCAAUCAAACUCUACCUUCUAACAGAACAAAUAUUAAGAAUUAUUUAGAAUCUACAAAUAAAUUCUUUUGAUAUUUCAGUACCAUACUCUGUGUCAUUGAACAUCAGAUUUGCUAAGCAUCUCAUUCAGCUGCCUGCACUGUUCGUGUGUCUCUUAGCCGUAUGCAGUAAUUCCCAUGUUUUUGUUCUGGACUUGAUGGAACCCUGACAGUUAAAUCUUGCAUAUGUUUUUCUAAGGCAGGGAUGGAUCUUUGUUUUGCAUCUGGUUAGGUAAAUUCUUCCUAGUGAUGCAGAAUUACUGGUUUUCUUCUGGGAAGGUUUUAUUCCCUUGUGCUGCCUGUGCUUACUGGAUUUUGCAUUAAUGUCCCAAUUUUUGCAACAUGGCUGCCAUUUUUUUGUUUGA